AUGCCGAAGCACCACGACUUCCCUCACAAUCCACUAUGUCAUUGCAGCUCAUGCACGCUUCACCCCCAUGAUCUGGAGUAUGAGAAAGAGCGCGUGUUUCUCUACGACGCGAUGGCAAGCAAAGCGACCCGGGACGCGAUCUUCGAAGACCAGUUCAAAUCGGCCGUCACCCAUCUGGCCGAUCUGAAAAAGGCGGCCGGCACGCAGAAUGUUUUCCGCACCACAUACGUCAAGUUGGAAGGGCAAAUGAAGUCGCAGGUCGUCGAGAUGAUGAACGAGAGCCGCGAUCCGGUCGAAUUGUUUUCCGAUCGGGGUGAACAUGAUGGAGAGCCGGUGUUGGCGCGUCAACUCGUCGAUCUGAACAUCAGCGAAUGCGUGAACCACUUCCGGGUGAAGUUUUGGAUGCAGAAGCACUGGCGCUGUGGACCCGACACUCCGCAAAGGCCCUGGAACAACCAGUCAUCAAUUACCGCCUUGUUGCUGUCUAUUCUGGCUCCAGUUGUGCCACUCAUUCUCGCGCGGAGGUUCGCCUACUCGAACACUCCAUUCUUCCGUUGGGUGGCCGGUCUCUCGUCUCAUGUCGUCUUCCUGGGUCUCGUCAUAUUUCGGCUGUUCUGGGAUGAGGACAAAUCUUCGAUGCGAAACACGCGGCUCGAGUACACGUUCUACCUCGACUGUGUCAUCUUUGCCUUCGUCCUGUCCAAUCUGAUUCUUUUACAGGCUCGACUGGUCCGGCGUGGCUUGAAGUCAUUCAUGUGCGAUUGGUGGAAUUGGAUCGAGACACUGAUCGGAAUCAACGGCGUCAACUUUUUCGUGGCUUCCUGCUACGUGAAGAUCGAAUUGGUGACUGGCCUGCCGUCGCUUGUCCAUCGCCGUCAUUUGCCUCCAACAGACCACGUGCUGAUGGCAGAAGCUUCGCUAGCCAUGUUGACGUUGUUGCUCGUCGUCCGCUUCGCCUACCAUCUGCAACUCAGCCACAGCCUCGGGAAAUUCAUUGUGGCCGUCACUCAAUGUGCCGCGGAUUACAUGAAAUUCCUGGUGCUCCUCGUCGUGCUCUGCUCCGGUUUCGGGCUCGGUCUUUAUGGUGGGUUUUACGCGUGUAACGUCACACAGCCGGUCCUGCAUCCAUUCUCGGCCACCGACGAGGAAAAGUCGGGCGAAUUCAUCAAGAACAACGGCUUCCAGGUCUACUCCGGAAAUCUGGCGGAGGCGAUGUCGAACUUUUUCUGGAACGUCUUCGGGCUGAUUGACGAGGGCUACUCGCAGGCUCAUGCUGGCUUUGCAGGGCCAAACCAGGAGUCGGUGAACCCGGUGAUGACGAUGAUCGUGGCGCGUAUCAUUUUGUCGGCAUUCUUUCUAACCGUCGUCGUGGCUCUUCUCAACAUUAUGCUCUCGAUUUUGGUGGCUCGUCUCGAGGCGGCAAAGACAACCGACGAAUGGUCAUUCUACCGCACCAAAGUCAUCCUCGACUAUUUUAACUGGGAGAUGUCCUACAUACCACCAUAUAGCCUUCUCAUUCCCUUCCGCUCGCUUUGUGUCAAGACACCACCCGACGAAUCGGAGAAGACGCCGAAGGUGUGUCCG